AUGUCGUUCAUCCCCAUUGUAUGUGGUAUGAAGAGUUUCGACUCUUCAUACGAUUCUGUGCCAGGACAUCAGAGUCUGUACUGUCCGAACUGUCAUAAUUAUAGCGUGUGCCCCAUAAAAAGAAAGGAAUUUUUCACUAUUUGGUUCAUACCGCUGGUUCCUGUUUUCUGGGGCAAACAGUUACAUUGUUCCAUCUGUAAUUGGAGGCAAGACUUUAAAAAUGAGGAACAGCUGAAUAAAGUCGUUCAAGAACAACAAAACUUGCGACAAAAGCUGCCUAAUUGA